UGGACCAUAUCCACCUUAGAGGUCGCCUAUAAUUAGCUCCAAAUAAUAUUCCAUUCCAUUAAUAAGCAAUCAUGUUGCUUGCAUUACAUAGCAUAGCAUCCAUUUAAAUAGCUUUCCAACUCCCUCAAUUAAAGCUCAUCGCAGACCAAAACACAUUCUAAUCAAUCUCUCCCUCUCGCUCCUCUUCCUAGAGUUUGUUUGUUUAUGUAUUUAGAAAGAUAAAAGCAAACAACAUAAACAUAUACUACUAUAUACUCAUCACAAAACAAUGGAAAUUAAGACAAGCCAACCAGUGGUAGCAAAGAAGUUAUGGAACAUGAUACGUGUAUUAUUAUUCAUGAUAAGAAAAGGCAUAGCCAAGAGCAAAACAAUGUUAGACCUCAAUUUGAUUCUCAAACGUGGUAAAGGCUUAAUCAACACCAUCAUGUUCAACCACCAACUAUAUUAUUCCUCCUUCACAUGUCGCUCCCACAACACCGUUAACUCCUUCAUAUCUCCCUGUGAAUACGAAUUCAGCUGCAGCAACACCCCUGCCAACCCUCUCCACCACCACUCUAGCCGCCGCUUCUCCAAGUCGCGCCAAAGAUACAUGAAUAAUAAUAUUGCUGUUCAGAAGAUGAUUUUGAACAAUGAAAAUGUGGCUAAUUCCCCUUUGGUUACAUUGCCUGGUUUUGGGAAGAGCCCUGUUGGGAGACAACUGAGGGUUACUGAUUCGCCUUUCCCGCUUAAAGACGAAGAAGGGGAUAGUCAUCAAGUGGACAUGGCAGCUCAAGAAUUCAUUAACAACUUCUAUAAACACCUCAACAUGCAAAAUAGAGCAAUAGGUUCUUUUGAGUCGCCAUACAAUUACUUAUGGGACAGAUGAAUAUUCAAUGGAUAUAUAUUUUUCUUAAUUUCUUUUCUGCCCCUACAAUCUGACUAGCACCUUCUACAUACUCUGCUAUGUAAUCAAAGUUGCAGUAUCAGUUUUAAUUGAUCACUUGUUUAGUGAAAUCAUGUAGUUACUGCAGAUGACUAAUCAUGUGACUUAAAUUACUUUGAAAUUUGAUUUAUUGUUUUACUGGGGAGUGUGGGAGGUGCUUGCCAUGGGGGCUUAUUUUGUGUAUUUAGUGUGUUUUACUUUGUUUUUUGCAAGUGUUGCCAAGAUAAUGAAAUGAUUAAGAAAAGGAAAUGAUUAUCAGCAUUCCAAUCAAAA